AAUCGUCCCAUCUCCAACCAAUCACCGACCGUGGAACUCGAAAAGGUGUCUGAUCCUGGUGAUCCCACCCCGAACACUGUGUUCACCGCUGAUUCCACCGUUCCCGAAAAUGACCAGCCACCGAAGCCCUCGUCCGACGGUGCCACUUCGCCAGAUACCGGGACCCCCGUGUCUCAUCCUGAUCAUAUUCCCGAGAACAUUGAAACCGAACGUUCUACAUCCGAACCACUGGUGCUCGAGCCUCCAGUACUGAAUAUCUCCUACGGUCUUUCAAAUCGCCUUCAGUUUCCUGCCCCUCCGGUCCGACCAGUGAUCAACAACUCCUCCCGUCGAUUGCGAUUUCGGCUAGACACACUUUUGGCCCGACGUGUAGCAGCUGCCGAAGCAGAUAAAGCUGCCGCUAAAUCGGCUGAAGCCAACAUUGAAACUCUGGAAGAGGAUAUUCGGGAACUUGAGCAGGAGAGAACAAAGCUCACGAAUCGCCUUACCGAGUUGGCUGAACAGGCUCAGGAAGCUCGUACGGCAAAGGCCAAGGCUGUCAAAGCAAGACAAGCUGCAGGACCUGUUCCGGCUCUAAGACCACCCAUCCGUUCCGCUCCGUUCAUAGUGUCUGCAGCAGGAAAUCGUUCCGUCAAUUUGGCAGCCGCCAUUGCACAA